CAAUCUUUAUUCUUGAAUAAUACCACCGAUACGUACAUCUGCAAAACCCGUCACGAUGUCAGGCGAAUACAAUCAUGAAUCCACCCCCCUCCUCCCCGCGACCAUCCCGCGCCGCAUCCCCACGUUAACCAAUGGUGUCGCCCACGAAGGCGAAAGCGGCCGCAGCGGUUUCCACCCGCGGCACUUCUUCCAAGUCCUGUGGCGCAGCUCCUGCACUGUAUCCAUGCUGGUCAACGUCCUAUGGCCCUUUGUACCUCUGGCCAUCAUCCUGCACUUCGUCACCAAGGCCCACCUAUGGAUCUUCGCCAUGAGCUACGUCGGCAUGGUACCUUCGGCCAAUUUGCUGGGGUUUGCGGGGCAGGAGUUCGCACGCAAGAUGCCCAAGGUGGCGGGGAUUUUGAUCGAGACUACGUUUGGGUCUAUUGUGGAGAUUAUUCUGUUUCUGGUGCUGAUUGUGAAGCAUAAUGCUGAGGAGGGGAAUGGAGAUGAGGGGAAUCUCAUCCCUAUUAUCCAGGCGGCUAUUUUGGGGUCCGUUCUGACCAAUCUGUUGCUGUGUCUGGGCCUCUGCUUUUUCUUCGGUGGUAUUCGACACCAGACUCAAAAGUUCCAUGCCAUCGUUUCUGAGGUAGGCAGUGGGCUUCUGCUGGUGGCCGCCUUCGCCCUGCUCAUUCCGAGUGCGUUCUACUCGGCCCUCAAAUCCGAGACCGUCCCCUUGCUCGGAGCUCUCCAUGAAACCUUUACCGAACGAAAGCUACAGGAGGAUGUCUUGAAGAUCAGUCAGACUACAUCGAUCGUUUUGAUCGUGGCGUUCUUCCUCUACAUCUGGUUCUGUGCAAGCAGUCAGCACAGUAUCUUUGAUGAAGUCAUCGAAAUGGAUGAGCACAGGGAUGCGGAUCGAGAGGACGAUAUGGCCAAGCCGAAGUUCACCAUGACUGAGACGAUCAUCGCUUUGCUCGUUUCGAUUACCUGUGUGACACUGCUCCUGAUUUUCCUGGUCGAGGAGAUUGAGCAUGUGGUUGAAAGUGGUGUUCCAGACCAGUUCCUGGGUCUCAUUCUCCUACCACUUGUCGAGAAGGCCGCGGAGCACUUGACAGCUAUCGAUGAAGCAUGGGACGGUGUAAUCAACGUGGCUCUUUACCAUUGCCUCGGUCCCUCGAUACAGACUGCGCUUUUCAAUGGACCGCUUGUCGUCCUGGUCGGUUGGGCGUUAGGCAAACCCAUGGAUCUAAACUUCGAGAUCUUCAUGGUUGCACUACUGGUCCUCUCUAUUCUAGUGGUUGGAAACUUCCUUAGGGAUGGUGACAGCAAUUGGCUUGAAGGUGCCCUUCUUGUUGUCGUUUACGUGAUUAUUGCCAUUGCUGCGUGGUACUAUCCCAAUCCAGACGUGGCUGCCUCAAAUGGGCUCGAAGGCCUCGAUGGUGUAAAAAACGUGACCAUUAGUGUGGAGAUGCUGGAGCAAAUCCGGAAGCUGCUGCAACAGACUUAGGAGAUUCUUGGGUGUUGCUCGAGUCGGACCCUUAAGGUGGUAUGGGACUGCUUCUGGGUAACGGGACUGGUUAUAUAUAGCACUUGACUGUACGAGAUGUUUCAAGAGGCGUGUAAGUAGGCAUAGAUAUUACGGUCCUGUACCUUCUCAUAGAAGUAGCAUGAACGAGGCCGGUAUUCAGGGCUCGGGCGUUGUAG